AAUAAUUUCAUUUUAGUAUAUCCCCCAUCUCCAUUCGUUACUAUGAGAUUGAGUACUACUGCUUUGCUUACAAUUGCCAUAACUACUUCCAUAGUUAAUUCAGCUCCGACAGUGGCAGAAUCCGGUGUCGGAGUUAUUGCUAAGAGAAGCGAUGACUUGGAAAAUAUCUUGCUCGACUUGCAAAACUUCAAGGACAAGCGAGAAGAAACCUUGAGCACUUUAAGCAAGAGAGAAUAUCAAAUUGUUACUGAUGUUUUGAAAGCUUUGAACGAUACGGAAUUGGCUCCUAAGAUCAUUCACUACUUGGCUACUAAUUCCACUUUACAGCCCAUUGUCAUCAGUACAAUUGUCACCGUGUUGAAGAGCGGAUUGUUGAACAUGACAACAUUGUUCAAUGCUUUGGAUCAGUCUGGGUUGGUUACAACGGUGGUACAAGACUUGAUUUCUGACUGUUCUUUGUAUGUGUCGUUGUUCAGAACUGCAGAAGGAAUCAUUUCUGACUUGGUUUCUAAGGUUCAAUCUGCUAUUAACUCUUCCAAGAGAGAUUUGAAGGCCGUGCAAAGACAGGAAAAGCGUACUGCUUUGAAAUCUGUUUUAGAAGCUAGAUCUAAUUUGGAUGCUAGACUUGACUUAGAUGAGGUUGUGGUUAAUUUGUUGCAAUCGUUGGCUAACUCAGGAUUAGCCAGUUCGGUUGUUAAGUCUAUCAUCACUGAUUCAUCUUAUAUCCCAUUUGCCGAAAGCUUGAUUUCCGCAGUAUUGUCUAGUAAUGCCUUGGAUUUGGGUGAAUUAGUUGAUGCUGUUGAAAAUACCAACUUGGCUUCUGAUUUGCUUAAGUCCAUUUUGAAUGUUAACACCUUCGAUACUGUCGUCACCAAUGCUUUUGCUGCUUUCUCUGGUGAUUGUUCUACCUCGUCUGGUUCGGGCUCGUCUGGUUCUUCUGCCGCCACUACUUCUGCUGGCUCAUCGGGUUCUACUUCUACCACCACCACUACUGACCCAUGUAAGAAGAAGAGAAGAAGAAGAAGAAGAAGAGCUAACUACAACUACUAGAGAGACCUGCUCAGGGUACCGUUAAGAAACCCAAAAAAACUGGUCUUUCUUGUGGCGACAACUACGGAAACGGAUACGAAUAUCAUACCACUUAAUCACCCUUCUGUAUAAUUGUAUAAUUCUUCAAAAAUAUAUUUUAUGCGAAUAU